CAAAAACUCGCUGAGAAGAAGCCUAAGCUUGACCUAUGUUGAAUCAAGGCGACAAGGCAAGACAAUCGUUCUCGCUUUAGCUUCGAGGGUAGAAUGGACAGCAAAAACAAAACUUGAAAAUGUGGCAAAGCUUAUUACAUCUGACAACAGGGCAUUUUAUACCAGAACAGGAAAAUGGGAGCCAACCUUUUCGGAUAUUGAAAACAGCCCAACGCCUGAAAAAGCGGAGAAUGAUUCAGCUCAAGUAACUAAGUCUUCAUUGUUCCGACUAUGCGAGGAAAACAGUCUUGAAUUUCAUUUGACAGAGACGUGUGCAGACGAACACUGUUUAAUAGCAAAACAAACGUUUCGUUUGGUACAAGAUUUGUUAGAUAAAUGCACAGAUAUGGACCCAAGAAUAAAAGGAAAACUUUACUGGACAGGAAGCAGCUCAGAAGGAACAAAGAUGUGGCUUCCAGAUGAGUUCGAUUUCGUAAUGGAAUUGGUUGAAUUGAAAGAUUGCUGUUACAUUGAACAUAGUUUAAGAUGUUUUCAAGAGCUAAAGUUACAUCAGAAUUGUCAAAAAUUGUGGUCAAACCUGUGUAAAAAAGAUUGCGUGCUCUCUCCAAGACGGCUAAAGAGUUACAUCUCAGCUUUGUUAUGGAAAGCUGCUUUCGAUCUAAAAAAACAAAACUACCCGAAUAUCAAAUUCAAUUUGUGUGAAUACGACGUAGAUGAUUUCUGUUUUCUGAAUUACACGAAAGUCGGUGUUAACAUCAGGGUCGUCUGGAAUGGCGAAACUUAUAAAAAUCUUACCGUCAGUAUCGAUGUGACACCCGCAAUCCCGGUCGUUAUUUCCGAUCGACAAAUGCUGGAUUUAAAUAGUUAUGCUGCAAAGGAACUGGCAGAUAGAUCAAUUCACGUUGUUCCAUAUUUAAAGCCUGGUGAAAAUAGUGCCUGGAGAGUUUCGUUCACGCUGAUUGAAGUGCAAAUAUUAAAAAACAUGACGAAGAAGCAACUCGCGAUUUACAAAUGCCUCAAAUUUCUCCGUGAUCUUCAUGGAAAUGUUUUGGCGCCCGUUCCAUCGUAUCAUUUGAAAACGUUUCUUCUAACACAUUUGUUUCAAGAUCAAGACGAGCAGUACUUGAGCUCAAUGGAGAAAGAAAACUUCUACACCAGUGCAUCUCGUGUCAUUCGUCUGCUGCAGUAUACCGCUGAAGGCUCAUGGGAUGAAAAAAUGGUGUUCCACUUCUUCCUAAGGUUUCCCCUGUGUCUUCGCGACUACGACAUGAGAUGGUGUCGUACCAUAUUGAAACAUCUCGAAUCCACUUGAGUUUUUGAGCGAGACGUUCCGCUCCUGCAUGGGGCUUGUUGUAUACCAAGCCUGGUUAACUUAAGCGAUGGAUAAAUAAGCCAAAAUUAAA